UGCUCUAGUGAGAUACAGAACCCCUGACCUCUGUCUGACCAGUGAUGAUUGGCCCUGUGCUGAUCACAUGCACUUUCUCUAGGAAAAAAAAAAAAACCUUUCUAGCAAUACACACCAAACUGAGCAUGUGCAAAAUGCCUACCGUGCAGUCUGUCUUAUCAAGAGAUAAGAGGUGAACAGAGAAGAAAGAAUCAAGCGGCCUAUUUACACAGUGCCAAGGAUUAACCCCUCAGGCUCCACAGUGAGUAUAACAAGCAUGCAUUACUGCAUAUACAGACUGAUUUUACUGUUGUGGGUUUAG